AUGGAGUCCGCUCUCAUGGCAGCCGAGGCCGCGCUGCUGCGGCUGGGUGCAGCCGAGGGCCAAGGUGGCGCGCUGGCGGCGGACGCGGCAGCUGCCCUGGCCUUCCUGCAGCGCCGCGAGGCGCCACCGCCGCUGCCGGGGCCGGAGCCCCUGCUGUUGGCUGAUGAUCGGCGCUGCUUGGCGUGCGGCAAGGGGCGUGGCGGCGGGGUGACGCUCAGGCGCUGCAGCGGCUGCAGGGCGGAGGGCGUGUUCUACUGCUCUGUGGAGUGGUGA